CCGAAAAAAGAGACAAAAAAGAAAGAAAAAAAAUUCUCACCCAUACCUUUGUGUGUAGUGUAGUAUAGUAUAGUGUAGUGUAAUAGUCUGCUAAGCAUUGGUUUAUCCAGUCGAGCCGGGUAGUAUUCACUAACUAACUUGGUGACUUGGUCACUCAGUGACCGUACUUCGCGCCAAUAACAAGCGUUUACAAGUAAAGACGCAGCUAAAUCUCUACACAUAUAUCGUAAUCGGGUAUCAUCUUACUACCUUGAGGUAUCAAGAAUCACUUGAGGUUUUGCGGGAACAAUUACACCAAGUUAUUCUUGCAUACUAGUCAUUAAACUGCCAGUACACUUAUAGUUGAUAAUAAUUAAUCUCGUGAUUUAUAAUAUGUACUAAUGUAUGUUUAGAUAUUUAUUAUUAAAUAGACAACUUGAUUAAACAGUCUAUGAAAGUGAUUAUUUAAAAACAAUAAUAAUAAUAAUAUUUAAAUGUUUAAUAAAUAGUGAAUUAAUUAAUUAUGAGUUGACUUAAAACAAAAAUAUGUGCGUUAUAUAAAUUUGUUUAAACAAACUGUCAAUAAAUAUAAUAGUUUGUCUUAUGUAUUUAAUGGGAUAAGAGACUAAUUAAGUACUGAGUGAUAUAAUAUUGUGAAUUAAAGGUAUAGUUUAUGAUUAAACGUGUUUUUUGUGAUAAUGUCCGAAAGUUCGGAUCAAUUGUCAUCACCGAGUAGUGAUUGUAAUAGUCAAAUGGGUCACAGAAGUGUUGGAUCAAGUCAUACUGGAUAUAAUAACAUUAUGUCUGGAUUAUCAUUGAGCCUUCAUCAGCAACAAGGUAAUGGUAUUAGCUCAAGUUCACGUUAUACUCAAGAACAACCUAAUUGUACAAAUUCGGUUGAUGUUUCAACGAGUAAUAUUAAUGUAGGAAACUUAUCAGUCAGUAAUAAUUCAACUAAUUUUACAUCCGAACAAAUAUCAUGUAUGUGUGAAGCUUUAUCGCAGAGUCAAGAUAUUGAAAAGUUAACCAGAUUUCUUUGGUCUUUACCGCCGGGUGAAUUAUUACGUGGUGAUGAAAGUGUACUUAUGGCUCGUGCAGCAGUGGCUUUUCAUCGUUGUGCUUUUCAUGAGCUUUAUUCAAUCCUUGAAAGCCAUCCAUUCUCACCCCGACGGCAUCCAGAGCUUCAACAAAUGUGGUUUAAAUCGCAUUACAGCGAAGCUGAAAAAAUUCGUGGUCGGGCUUUGGGUGCUGUUGAUAAAUAUCGUCUUAGGAAAAAAUACCCUCUGCCUAAAACAAUUUGGGACGGUGAAGAGACAGUUUAUUGUUUCAAAGAACGAUCGAGAAAUGCACUUAAAGAGUGUUAUACCAGAAAUAGGUAUCCGACACCAGAUGAAAAAAAAAGUCUUGCUAAGAAAACUGGACUUACUCUUACUCAAGUGUCUAAUUGGUUUAAAAAUCGCCGACAACGUGAUCGCACGCCGCAAGCAAGGCCAGAUAUGCUUUCACUCAAUUGUCAGAAUAACAAUGGUAAUAUCAGUGGUGGCAAUAAUACUGGUAACACAGGUAGUGGUGGUCAUCAGCCUCUUCAGUCACUGGAGUCUGGUAGUCCUAAUUUAGCCAUUUCACCUAUUUCAACAAUGGGUAUGUCACCAGUUGGAAUGAACCCCUGCAGUCCGAUGGGUUUAAGUCCAAUGGGUCCGCAUCAUCAUAGCUAUGCUUCACCCGUAACGCCAUCAUCGAUGCACUCUGCGCACCCUUCUAAUGGAGGACUCAGUCCGAUGAAUGAUGUGAAAUCAUUAUCUUAUGGACGAAGCAUCUAUGAUAGUGGCAAAGAUGUAGAACAAAGUUCAAUUUAUUAUUCAACUCACUCCAGUAUGCAUCAUCAGUAUUAUCAGCAAAAUCACCAUCAGGCGGUGGCUAAUGGUCAUCACCAUCAUCACCAUCAUCAUCACCACCAUCAGCAAGACAUGCCAACGGCCUAUGAAAUUAUGCUUCCAUCUACUCAGCAUUCCAUGUGACCCAUGGAAUAUGGGAGUAACCACGAGGAUCAAUUUCAUCAUUGCCAAAGUUUAUGCGAUGAUAUUGUAGCUCGUGCUCAUGCGUUCGCUUAGUGAAUGAAAAGUUUUUGAUAUCUAUCUAUUGAUUUUUAAAAUCGAAAAAAAUAUUUAGUUAAUAAAUAACAAAUCAAAGAUUACAUUUAGUCUUAAACCUAAAACAUGCCAAUGUUAUUUUAAUAAAAUUCAUUUUAUUAAGUAUACUUACUAGGGUGAUUUGUUAGGAGCGACUAUUUUUUUUUCACUCCCAUUCGAAACUAUUAUUAUAGAUAUUGGAAAAAAAUUUCCCGCAAGUUUCAGUCCUUAAUUUUAAUUUUAAGUACUUUAUAUUUGAUUUGGAAGUUUUCCCACUUAAAAUAUAUAAGAAAGUUAAGAUAUUUUUUUUCAAUUCUCUUAUAACUCUGCCGCACUUCAAGUUAUCGGGUCGCCGUUUGCUGCAUAUUGCAGGUAAUUUAUUACUCUUCAAAAGUAUCCUUAGUAAUUUUACUCGGGCUCUAAUUGUUUUCUCUGUAUUGGUUCUGAAAAUAAAUUUUUUAAUAAUCAUUUGGAUUUUUAUUUGAUAUUAACUAAAUAACGAAAUUCACAGUAAAAAUGCAGAUAAUUAUUUUUAAGGAAAUUCGAUCUUCUACAAAAAAGGUCCUUCAAGGUUCACGUGAUAUAGGGAUUUUAAUAAUUUUAUAAAUAAAACAUUUUUUUUUUUAAUUUGACCAAAUGCCAUUCAAUUUCAAUUUUAAAUCGGUGAAUAAUGUUCUUUUCAUUAACAUAAUCUAUUCAUAAAAAUCAGAGGGGUUAAAAUGAUGAGCUUCGAAAAAAUUAUUGAUAAAUAUUUUAUUUACAAAGUCACUAAAAUUCCUAUAUCACGUGAACGAAGAACUUGAACUACUUUCCUUAAAGAACCUUUUUUAUAGAGAAUCAAAUUUUCUAAAAUAUCGUUAUCUGCAUUUUUACUGUGAAUUUUGUUACUAUCAACUAAAAUUCCAAAUGAUUAUUAAAAAAAUUAUUUUCAGAACUAAAAUACAGAAAAAACAAUUAGAUUCCGAAUAAAAUUACUGAGGAGACUUUUGAAAAGUAUUAAAUUACCUGCAAAAUGACGCGAACGGUAACUUGAUAACUUGAAAUGCAACUGAGUUAUAGAGAAUUGAAAAAAACAAAAGGAAAGAAAAAGAAUGAAAAAGUACUUAAAAUUAAAAUUAAGCGUUGAAACUUGUAAGGAAUUUUUUUUCGAUGUCUGUAACAAUAAUUUCGAGCUGGAGUGAAAAAAAAUAAAUACUCCAAACGAAUCACUCGAAGACGUACUUAAAAAUCAAUAAUUUUAAACAAAUUUGUAAAUUUUCAAUAUUUACUGUUUUGACUAAGCCAUAGAAAUCCAUAAAUUUCUAAAACAGAUAAGAAUUCUUACAUACUACAGUUUUACGUGAAUUAAUAGUAGUAUUGCAAUUAUAAUAAACUAAAUUAUUAAUAUAUAAUAAAAGACAAAAAAAAUACACAAUUAUAAAUAUGUAUGUUUUUGCAUACAUAUACAUAAUUAUGAAAGAAAAAAGAAAU